AGAGACUAUCCCUCUUUACUCAAGCUGAGCAGAAAGAGAUCAACCGAGCCAAGACAAUGAAGCAAUUGCCCGACCUUAGCCUUAUUGUGGCUGAAAAGAUAGGCGCCAAGCGAGGCGCUUCUGGGAGCAGGGUUGGCCCUUCGGGGUUGGAAGCGGUAGAGGCGACCCCAAUUGCUGCUGAGCAAACGCGUACUGGUGGCUCCUCGAAGAAAAGCAAGAAAAAGGCCGAGGAUCCGAAGGAAUCUUCUGAGCCCGGGCAAACUGGGGCAGACGGUUCCUCUAAAAAAGGGGGGAAGAAACGGAAAGCCGGAGAUUUGCCCGCCGAGGACGCUCCUAAGAAGAAAAAGAUGAAGAAGAAAGAAUUGGCUAUGCCCCGCUCAUCCUCGGUCUGCGAAGAGGAACUUCAGGCUCUAGUUCCUGAAGCUAUCCCUGAGGUUGGGACCUCGGAGGAUGAUGAGAAUGAGACUAUCGCCCUCCGCCGACGGAGACGGGAGAGUCGAGUCACCGAGGAGGUAUCCCGUGGAACCUUGGCCGGUGAUCUACCUUCUACUGAGGUUCCGAGGGGAAUAUCGACUUUGGGAGGACAGCGGGACCGCUCGAGGAAUGAGUCCCCUGCUCAUGUCACGGAGGGAUCUGAGACCCGAGUAUCCGGUCGCCCUAAGGAAACCCCGGCAGAUGAGUUCAGAUUCGAGUUUAACCGUGAGCUUCCGCUGGCUUGCUACCCGGAAGAUUGUGCUCGCCUGUUACGGUUGGUCAAAGGCGGUCCCGAUCAACUCCCUUCAGUGGGAGAUCUCAUCUUCAAAGAUGAGUAUGAGCACGCCUCUUGCUCGUCUGUAAAGAGCCACGGCGACUGGAAUGUUCUGGUCGGGAAGUAUGACACAGCCCUUAGGCGGGCCAGAGAGCAGAUCCGUGAGAGCGAAGAAGCCAAGAAGAAAGCGGAGGAGGCUCUUCGGGUGUCUUCGCGGGAAAAGGCUGAAGCCAUUGCUCGGGAGAAAUCUCUCAGGAAAGCGUUUGACGAGACGCGAACGUCUGAUGCGGCUGAACUGCAGAUGUGUAAGGAGGCGAUGAACAAUCUCGAGUUCGUGGUGGAUAAGCAGCGGAAGGAAAAGGCUGAUCUAGAGGCAAAAAUGGCUGCGGAAUUGCUAAGGCAUUCCGAGGAGAUGGACAGGCUUCGGAAAUCUCGUAAAUACGAGGUCACGCACGAGAGGGUUCGCGUGCUGAUUGCCAUGAUCGCUAAAGCCGAGAAACGCUUUCACAGGAUUUCCCUUCGUGAAGACAAAAGGGACAAAUACGACGAUGCUCGGUGUCUCUAUAGUCAAGCCUUCGGGACGAGGAAAUGUCUCGAGCAAAUCAAGGCCUCUGGUGUUGAGAUCCCGCAGGAAACCAUCGACUUCUUCAUCGGGCAAGAGAAGCACUACGAGGAAGAAGCAGAGCGUUUGGAGGUAAAGGAGAUUCCGGCGGAAGAUCUUUGCCUUUCUCCGCUAGUGUUGGAGUCUCGAUUUUUGAUCGAGGAAAUUUGGCGUCAGCUUGACCCGUUUGGGUCGAAUAUUAAUCUGAUCGAUUCGGAGGCCGCUAUUGCUCUGCGUACUCCUCUUCGUCCUGAAGAUCCGGUGGAGAAGCCCGCUCAAACUGCUGUAUCUUCCAACCAACCCACCGAUCAAGAUGCUGAUCUCGCGAAGCAGACAUCGGCGGGAGCGGUUGUUCACAAGGACGGGGCAGUGCCGACCAUUGUGCUAACAGAUUCCCCCGCUAAGGCGUCGAAGAAUGCCAGCUCAUCUGCUUCCUCGUCGGAAGACCCGGAGAAGGGUGACGAUGAUCCCGCGGGGAUGCCUAUUGCGGACGCGACUGCUCCAGCCCCAGCCAAAUUUGGUCGCAUCUCGGGUCCCGGAGAAAAAGACGGUGAUGGUGGCAAGAACCUUCCCGCUGGUGACGAAUAGGGCUAUCUGGUCGAGGACCUUCUCUUCCUGUUGUAAUUUCGCAGUUUGCUUUUUAGUAGACUUUUUCUCCUUAUGUUGUGCUUUGGUCUCGUUGAGACCUUUGAACCUUUAUGUACCGUUGGCCCAUAUGGGUCUUGUUGUUCGAUACUCGGGAUGUUUUUCCCCUUUUUUUUUUUUAAAGGCUUUUAUCAAAUGUUUGCUUUGCUUCGAAUCGUAACUCGUUUCUCGUUAAGUCGUUCCCGUUUGCCUUGUCCGUAACUAAGUUUUAACGAGUUUUAAAUGUUUGGACUUUUAACGAGUUUCCGAGGAAAAGGUAUCUGGAUGCCCCGCGGUAACCGAGAGGAAUUUGGUCGGCCAACUCAUUAUUCUUCGAUUUGCAGUAAGAUCCAGAAAUUUCGCUCGUGAGUCG